AUGACAGCUAAUAGUUCAACAUCAAUUUUUAAAAAAAUAUUAGAAACACGUCCCAAAAUUAUACAAACAACAAUACUUCAAUAUUUUAGAAAAUGUACCAACAAAGCUGUAGCUCUGCCUGAAAAAGAAACUAAUGUAUUAUCAACAGAAGAUGAAGAUUAUUCAAUUAUCUUAUGUUUGCCAUUUGAUCAUCAAUCCAAUAAUAAUGAAACUUGA